AUGGUUGUUGGCUGUAACCAGAGUAAUAGCGCAACAGAAUUCAUCCUGGCAGGCUUCCCCAAUCUCAACAGCACCAGUGCGGAACUAUUUUCUGUGUUUCUUCUUGUCUAUCUACUGACUCUGACAGGCAAUGUAUUGAUCGUGGGUGUGGUAGGUGCUGAUACUCGACUACAGACCCCCAUGUACUUCUUUCUGGGUAACCUGUCCUGCCUAGAGAUUUUGCUCACUUCUGUCAUCAUUCCUAAGAUGCUGAACAAUUUCCUUUCAAGGCAAUACACUAUUUCCUUUGUAGCAUGUAUCACCCAGUUCUAUUUCUACUUUUUUCUCGGAGCCUCUGAGUUCCUCUUGCUGGCUGUCAUGUCUGUGGAUCGCUACCUGGCCAUCUGUCAUCCUUUGCGCUACCCGUUGCUCAUGAGCGGAGCUGUGUGCUCCCGCGUGGCUCUGGCCUGCUGGGUGGGCGGACUCCUCCCAGUGCUCGGUCCCACAGUGGCUGUGGCCUCGCUUCCCUUCCGUAAACAGGGCGCUGUGGUGCAGCAUUUCUUCUGUGACAGUGGCCCACUGCUCCGUCUGGCAUGCACAAACACCAGGAAACUGGAGGAGACGGAUUUUGUCCUGGCCUCUGUCGUCAUUGUUUCCUCGCUGGCCAUUACCGCCACGUCCUAUGGCCACAUAAUCCUGGCUGUUGUGCGCAUCCCCUCGGUUUCAGGCCGCCAGAAAGCCUUCUCCACCUGCACCUCCCACUUGAUGGUAGUGACCCUUUUCUACGGCAGCGCCAUCUUUCUCUACGUGCGGCCUUCACAGAGCGGCUCAGUGGAAGCUAACUGGUCAGUAACAGUGAUUACCACGUUCGUGACGCCACUGCUGAAUCCAUUCAUCUAUGCCUUGCGCAAUGAGGGUGUCAAGGAAGCCCUCAAGGACGUGUUCAGAAAGGUAGCAGUGGACUCUUCAGGAAAUCUUGUGCUUGCUAAGAUUUGCAUUAAGAAAGCAGGAAGGUGA